GUCAGGGGUCCUGAGUCAACACGUUGCCGUUGGACCCCUGACUUAUUUCAUUCGAAAUCUGUGGGCUUGCUUCUCUCAUUGAGAAGCACCAAUCAAAUUGCCGCUUACAUAAGACGUAAACAAAUAUGGCGCACAAGCAUGGAUGAUUGUAUUUUGUGUUUGGAAAAAUUACCGAAAAAGAACAGAAGAAAUAUUUACAGUGACACGUUUUUUGUGAAGAAACAGUUAAAUGAGGUAUUGGGUUUUGUCCCCGAACAGCGAACGCAUUCAUCGCCCCAAUACACUUGCUACAGGUGUUUUAACAAACUGAAUAAGCUAUGCAAGAUUGAAUAUGAAUUAGAAAGCAAAUUAUCAGCACUUAAAAGAGAAAAAUGUGACAUUAUCAAUGAACUUAGACCAAGUCGGAAUGUUUUAUUGUCUCCAGCAAAGAAAGUCCCCUCGGUCAAUUUUGGCGGUGCCUCUAGUUCCAUCCAAACUCCAAGGAAGUUAACAAAACGUGUCAUCUUAAGGACUCCAACACCACGAAAAAAUAAGAAAGUCUUUCGAGAUGCACAGCAAAAUAUUAAAAAAAACAGUAAGGAAAAGACUAGCAGACGAUCAGCUGACACCAAGCAAAGUAAAGGUGCAUUUUAGAGGAAAAAAUGAUUCAAAAGUAAGGACACGCUUUAUUAAAGACAGUCCUUGGGUGGCAGUAUUAAAAUCCCUGGUAAGAGGCAAUAAAGCAGAGAUCAUCUCCAAAAAAAUUUACAAAAUAGAGGUUCUUAAGACAGAAAUGAUUAAGUUGAUGCUGUCUGAACUGAACACUCAAUGCCAAGAUUUAUGAAAAAUAUCACACCCCUCAGUUUUGCGUAGUAACGAUGAAGUUCACUUUAAGUUUAAGAGUGUAUGUGAAGAGCUGAAAGAGAAAGCACCAAUGUUGUAUGAUGUACUUCAAACAGUUACCAAGAAGAAAAAUGAUUGCCGAUUAUCUGUUGCUGCAUCAGUUUUGCUUUGGAACAGAAAUAAGCACAUGUCACAACUACAUCACAUCAUUGGGCAGAUUCUAGAUCAUGGAGGUGCAAUAGAUGAGACUAUUCAAACUCUUUCGGAAAUGGGAUUGUCCAUUGGGCCACAGUCAGUCUCAAUUAAGAGAGGAAAACUUGUCCUAAUAUAUAAAGAGAAGCUAAAUGAUAUUUUCCAGAAACAGAUUGAUCAGACUGUUUUGAAGCAUUGCAUAUCAUUAAGCAAGAGUGCAGAAAAAUCCAUUAUGGAGUAUGAACCAGAGCCGGCAGAAAAAACAGAAUCAGGUACAUCUGAUAUUCAGUAUUUUGAUUUGGUCAAUUCCUUUAAGACAUCCCAAACAAAUCAGUCCUUUACGAGCUCAUCUGAACAUUCUUGCUUGACAAUAUCAAGCAAUGAUUAUGAGAUGAGAAAUAAAAUGUUUAUCGAUGUCUACAGCCAAAACACUUUACCCGAGUCAGCGCAGGUACAUGUAUUACGUAAUCCAACCACAGAGGUGAAAUCACUGAAUUUGAACACCAAACCUGGCAGUAUAGAGUUUCCAAGUUUACCAUCAAGACCACUGAAGCAUUUUCAGUUAGAAGAACCGGUCAAUGUAAUUGCCAAGCAUGAUAGAAGUAGCAUGAUUUUGAAAGACUUUAUAACAAGAAAUGCUGAUCAGAUGUCACCCACUAUACCAAGGUUUGAAAUCAUUGGAGACAACUUAGACCACACUAUAUCACCAACAAACAUGACUAAAGAUAAACAGAGGAAAAGCCUCCAUUGGUUUCUUAAUGUGGCAGUUCAAAGAAGAGUGUUGGCAGAUGAUUUACCUAGUGAUAAGCCUAAAGCAGAUAUUUUGAAGACCAUUUAUCAGCAAUUCUAAAAGCCUUCAUCAGCUGCAGAUCAAGGGACUUUGUUUCAAUUGCGCAAUGUCCUGCAGAGACGAGACGUUAGUGGGCCAGAUGGUGUCACUGAGAAUUUUAGGUCUCACAUGACAUUCAUCGGGGACUGUUUAGAUGCCUUUCUCCUCACAGCCUGUAUGGAGGUGUUGGACAUCAAGAGCCUUGAUGAAAAACCUAAAAGGACCAUUCUUUCAGAAUUAUUACAUCUUCAAAGUAAAGAAGACCAGUAUGAUUGGAUAAAAGAGCUUUGUUUCCAGAUCUUGGACACUUUUGUCUACAUUGAAGAAGAUAGUUUGCCAACUGUCACAGCACAAGCUGCAGAAAUGGACAACAAGGAGCUUUUGAUGAGUGAAAUGUAUCAAGAUGAAUCAAAGCAGUAUGUUUGCACCUGUAACCGAAAGUACAAGACAAAAGGUCACUUCAAGAGACAUCUGCAAAAUGAACACAACUGGGUGUUUCAUACAACAGAAGAGGAAACUCCCGAAUCAGCAACAUCAAAGCAAGACCACAUAGCUCUGUGGCGUUCAUCAUUUAUGAAACUUGCAUUAUUACUUAGGGACACAGAGGAUGCUUUCAAAUUUGGUGAUGGAACACGUAUAUUUAGAAAUGCAAAGUUUGAAAUGAUGUGUGCUGAUAUUGCUAACCAUUCCAAAUAUAAACUGUGGCUUUGGAGACUCUUAGCCUACGAGUGUUCUCUCCUAUCACCACGUGAGGCAUUUGAGUACAAGUGGAAUUGUUCCUCAAAUAUUCAUGGAGGGACUGGGAAAAAUAUCCCUAAUGACAAUCUCGUUGAAUUAUGCGUACAUGUUAUAAAGAAGAAAAUGAGACAGCAGGGUGCAAAUCUAACUUAUGAAAGUGCUAAGAAGAUUGCCUCGUGUGUGCAAAUGCAGGAAGAAAUAAAGUCCAGUGUUCAGAAACAGCUUGGCAUGAAAACCUCAGGUCAAUCCAAACCUACUGUGGAUAAGAAAAAAGAUCUUCAACUGAUCAUUAUGGAACUUAAAGCCAAUGACAUUUUCAGUUACAUUUCUGGGAGGGAAUUCAGUGCUUUUAAAAGUUUUCAGGACAUUUUUUCGCGUGUUAAUGUGGUUCAACUUCACAAAUGGAUAACAAAACAAAAAGAAAGAGCAAGUUAUGAACAGUAUCAGUUUGAUGUGUUUUUGUGUGAUUUGUCAUGUUCAUAAUUAAAAUAUCAAUUAAACUUCAUUCUUUUUUUUUCAUCAAUUAACAUGAUUAAGGUGGGAAGGAAGGAGAAAAAAUAU